CGUCGGCUGUGAGCUGCCAGUUGCCUAGUGACGAAAAACUAUCGACUGCAGCUAAUUUCCUGCGUUUUGAAAAUCUUUUCUCUGGAGCAAAGUUUUCAAACAGACUUCAUGUGUUUCUGUCGUUUCUGGAGCGUUUCUAUGGGACGUGUUAAAACCUUUACUGUGGCUGAGGAUGUCGUGUAACGUCACAUUGUCUCAGGGUUUAUGGUCGUACAGUAAGAGAGCUGCUGGAGGAUGAUGGAUAAUUAUAUUUUCAUCAGGGUCGUUGGGAAAGGAAGCUACGGAGAGGUGAACUUGGUGAAACACAGAACAGACCGAAAACAGUAUGUUAUUAAGAAGUUAAACUUAACCACCUCCUCCAAGCGUGAACGUCGAGCCGCAGAGCAGGAGGCGCAGCUUCUGUCCCGGCUUCGACACCCUAACAUCGUGACGUACAGAGAGUCGUGGGAAGGAGACGACUGCCAGCUGUACAUUGCGAUGGGCUACUGUGAAGGCGGCGACCUUUAUCAUCGACUCAAACAGCAAAAGGGGGAACUCUUACCUGAGAGGCAGGUGGUGGAGUGGUUCGUUCAGAUAGCCAUGGCGCUCCAGUACUUGCACGAGAGAAACAUUCUUCACCGGGACCUUAAAACACAGAACAUCUUUCUGACAAAGACCAACAUCAUCAAAGUCGGUGACCUGGGAAUCGCACGAGUAUUGGAAAACCAGAAUGAUAUGGCCAGCACACUCAUAGGAACUCCAUACUACAUGAGUCCAGAGCUCUUCUCUAAUAAACCUUAUAACUACAAGUCAGAUGUUUGGGCCCUGGGCUGCUGUGUGUAUGAAAUGUCCACUCUGAAGCAUGCUUUUAAUGCCAAGGACAUGAACUCACUGGUCUAUCGCAUUGUGGAAGGAAAGCUGCCACAGAUGCCCAGCAGGUAUGAUCCCCAGCUGGGGGAGAUAAUCAAGAGCAUGCUGUGUAAGAGACCUGAAGACAGGCCUGAUGUCAAACUGAUUCUGCGGCAACCCUACAUCAAGAAACAAAUUGCCAUGUUUCUCGAGGCUACUAAAGAAAAAACUGCCAAGUCAAGAAAGAAAGCUGUGGGUGGCGUUGGAGAUUGUAAGGGUAACAGCGUAUCACCCCCUGUGAUGUCAUCUCAGCCAAAACCUGAGAAAAGUCCCCAGCAUGGAGCGCAAACCAGGGUGAAACGGAAAGAAGAAAAAUCUCGACAACAUAAAGUGCAGAACGGCGUCCCAGACUGCACCCCAGUCCACUCACCUCAGCCACCCAAACCCCCCUCACCUGAUGCUCUUAAAUCCAGCAUUGUAUUAACGGCAACAGUCAGCAACAUUGACAUUGAUAUCGAACAGCCGGAAGAAGAGGGUCUGGUAAGGAGAAAGGCACAGGGGCCUCAAUCAGUAGCGUCACAUCAUCAAACAGGUAAUGAGCCUGUGACUCACAGCGUGCACAAUGAACACAAGGCAAGAGGGAAACCAGAUCCUUCUCCUCUUCCAUCCCCUCUGAAGCCCCCACUGAAGUCUGUAUCGGGUGUAGGCAGUAAGGGAGGAGGAGAGAGGAGGUCCUCUAGUGAGUUGUCAGACAUUCACUCAGAGGACAAAUCAAACUCUGGGGAAACGAUCUCUGUGGGUGCAGAAAGGAAAACGUCACCAGUGGAUGACAAGGAUGAUACGAUGGAGUUGCUCAAGGAGGCUGACAUGCAGAACCCAAAGGUUGAAGUGGGGAAAGAAGCUGCUCUUUGUUACCCUCAGAGGAGAGUGGCGCAAAAAUCAAACAUGGAAAACACUAGAAUGACUGUGGAGAUGAUUAAAGACAAUAAAAGUGACACUGUUAUGCUUCCCAGGGGAGCUCAGACACAGAACCAUACCGCAGACAUUCAAGAACACCUAGAGUCUACUGAAAAGCUGUUAGAGCCAUUCCCUCCCAUCUUGGAGCCUGUACAAGAAGAACCAUUGCUACCAGUUGGCGAGCCGGUUAUGGCCACUCCACGCCAAUGUCCCCUGCCCUUUCCACCAGAACCUUCUGUAUCUCAGCCGCACAGAGGGAGACCGACACACGGAGAGCAGGACAAGCCCAGGGUUGCUGCUCCUCGACCUUUACCUCCACCUCCUGUUGUGAGCACAGCUGUAGAGGGGAGGAAGGGGAGUAAGAGGAGCACAGAGAGCAAGAAAGCCAGUGGAGAUGCAACGUCCUCGUCAGUGAGUUCCAGUAAGGACAGAGUCUUACCAUCGGAUCGUCCUCUCUCUGCUAGAGAAAGACGAAGGCUUAGACAGUCCCAGGAGAGUGCCAGUCAACCAGGUGCUAAUGUUAUAAGAAGGGCAUCUUAUGAUGUCACCUCUACCAAGGAUGAGAACUACAACAGCCCAGUUUCCAGAUCUGUUCCUGACAUUCUCACCGAGUCCAAACGAAAGCAGGAUAAGCUGCAGGAGCGAAGGUCAGAUGAAGACGAGUGCAGCUCAUCCACAAGUUCCACAGAGCGCUUAGAGGGAGACUGCAGGGAAAGGAAGACUGAAUCCAAUGACAUGCAGGAUUUAGUCCACAUGAUGACUCAAACUUUGAGAAUGGAUAUUGGAGACAGCAUGAGUGAGGUGGACAAAGACAGAUUUGGCUCUUCUUCAAUCCCAGAAUUCAAACUAAACAGGAAGUACAGGGACACCCUGGUGCUUCACGGGAAGGCUCGAGAGGAUGCUGAGAACCUGUCACUGGGUGAAAUACCAACUGGCUCCACAUCCGGUCCAGCCAAGAUCAGGAGAGCCAUUGAACACCUGAGGACGGAUGUGGUGAAGGGCCUGGGGGUGAAGCUGCUGGACAGGGCCCUGGAAAUCAUGGAGGAAGAGGAUGACACCAAACGAGAACUGUGCCUUCGUGACCAGAUGGGGGAUGAAAAGUACCACACUUAUGCUGUGAUGGUGAGGCAACUGAAGUUCUUUGAGGAUAUGGCCUUUAAGGUUUAGAGAGAGCACUGCAUCAAGGAGCCUUUUUACACAUGUUGUGAGUUAAAUUGCCAUCCUGCCCCUCAUUGCUUUGCAAAAUUUACCUCCUGCUUGUAUGCAUAUCACCAUUUCAAUAUACAACUUUUGUGAAAUAA